UAUGGGGGUUAGAAGGAUAUUAGUUUUAAACUUGUUACUGUUUCUAUUUUCUUAUGGUUUAACAGACCAGACGAGUCGUGAGAGAUACGAGUCUGAUGACAACAAGUAUGCAAAAAGUCAGCAGAAUAACUCUUGCAAAUUAAACGCGUGUGAAGUUUUGAAUUAUUUAUCUAAACAAUUAUUAACGGUAAAAUCAUUCAUUGAUAGUGAUUUUGAAAGAUGGUCAAAAGUUAGUUCCGCGGAUGCUUUGAUUUCACCUAUAAAUGUUGCAAUGGUAAAUCGAGUACGCCAGAUUGAAAACAGGUUAAGAUCAAUAGAACAGCCAGUCUGGCGACUCGUGUCAACAAGUCAAAAUGAGUGGAACCGAUGCUCUUCAGGAAUAUGUCGCUGUUCUCCCGAAACGAAAAGUUUUACAUGCUGGAACGCAAAUUUUGUAUCUUUGCCUGUUUCACAAGUAAUACCAAUGAAUAUGGAAUCAAUCGACCUUUCAAGGAAUCAUUUUUCAACUUUCCAUAAAGACACUUUUCGUGGUCUGACUUUACUGAAAGAACUGGACCUUUCCAAUAACAUUCUGAACUUUAUUCCAGCGAAUCUCUUUCAAGAUCUGGAUAGUCUCUUACAAUUGCGGCUUCAAAACAACCAUUUGGAGAACUUGGAUUCAGUAACAUUUUGGAAGCUUCGUAACUUAAAUUUAAUAGACGUUAGCAAAAACCUGUUAUCCGAUUUGCCAACGAACUUAUUCGGUCAUAGCCAACGAUUAAUUGUCAUUAACUUAAGCCAAAAUAAAAUACUACAUUUUUCACAGGAAUUACUUCGCGAUCAAUUAGUGCUCGAAGACUUAGACCUCUCUCGGAAUGAAAUUUUAGAACUCAAAUCAGGAUGCCUAAAAAAUUUGAAAACUCUAAAAAUGAUCGAUUUUUCUUUUAAUUUUAUUUCAAGCAUUUCGGAUGACUUCUUUUCUGACCUGAAGAACCUGCGUAGCUUGAUUCUCCAUAACAAUCGAAUUUCGUCGGUGUCCAAAGAAUUAUUAAAAAAUUUGAAAAGCUUAAUUUCUUUGGAUCUCAGUACGAAUCGAAUUUCGAAGAUUGAUGCAAAUGCAUUCUCCGACCUAAAAAAAUUGCGGGAAUUGUUGUUAGGACAAAACAAUCUUUCAGACAUACCCGAUGGUUUGUUUAACAAUGUGAAUUCUUUAAUAAGUCUUAAUUUGUUUUCCAAUAAUUUUACCACAAUUGAGUCAAAUGAUUUCCAAGGGUUAAUUAAUUUAGAAAAACUUAUGCUAAACAACAACAUACUAAAAAAUAUGGAAGACGACGUUUUCACGCCCUUGGGAAACUUGGAAAAACUGCGAAUUGACUCGAAUAAGUUGCAAUAUUUACAAAACGGGGCAUUCAGCAGUUUAAAAAAGUUAGUCGCAGUAAAACUGGAUAAGAAUCCUUGGCACUGUGAUUGCAAAGUUUUGUAUUUAGCACGUUGGAUACGAGAGUUUUCUGGAAAAUUGUGGGAUGGUCAAGUGGCGGUAUGUCGUGGACCUGGCAGUCUUGGUGGACACGAAGUAGGUUUACUUAGAUACGAUGACCUUUGCGAAGGGCAAUGGGCCAGUAUGUUAUCAUUAUCUCCAAGACUUCCCUUAAGAAAGCAUCGCAUUAUGACUCAUAUGAACUAUACAACAUAUUUUGAUUUAUACUUGAAACAUAUAUAUACGACUACAAUUAGAAGUGAUUCUAAUUAAGAAGAUCUGUUCAUUGUGGUAUUAAAGUCAGGGUGAAUCUGUUUAACACUCAUUAUUCGUGCGUUGUUUCUAUUAAUAGUACAAAUCACUCUUUCAGAUAUAAAAAUUGAAAUGCUAAUAUUUAUAUAGCAAUAUAUAGUAUUAUAUAAACAAAUGGAAAACGAUUGUAUAGUUUGUGAGUAAAUUUGUAUAAAAUUUGCAAUUGAAUGUUCCUUCUCUGUUGAGAAAAUCGGUUCCCUUCAUAAUACAAAAUCGAUGUCGACGGAUGCACCAUAUGUGUGUAGCAAGAAAUGAAAAUAUUUAAGUAUUCGAAACGACAAAGUAAAUGUGUGUUUAAACAAUUA